CGCAGGGCGGGCAGCGAAGCUCGGGCGCCGGGCGGAGAAGCCGGGAGCUUCCCCGAUGGUGGUGCCGCCGCCGCCGCCGCCGAGCCGGGGAGGAGCGGCCGGGGGGCAGCUGGGCCGGAGUCUGGGUCCGCUGCUGCUGCUCCUGGCGCUCGGGCACACGUGGACCUACCGAGAGGAGCCAGAGGACGGCGACAGGGAAAUCUGCUCCGAAAACAAGAUCGCCACCACCAAGUACCCGUGUCUGAAGUCUUCGGGGGAGCUGACCACGUGCUUCAGGAAAAAAUGCUGCAAAGGGUAUAAAUUUGUUCUUGGACAGUGUAUCCCAGAAGAUUAUGAUGUCUGUGCCCAAGCCCCCUGUGAGCAGCAGUGCACAGACAACUUCGGCCGAGUGCUGUGUACUUGUUACCCGGGAUACCGAUAUGACCGGGAGAGACACCGGAAGCGAGAGAAGCCAUAUUGCCUGGAUAUCGAUGAGUGUGCCGCCAGCAACCAGACGCUCUGUGCUCACGUCUGCACCAACACCGUGGGCAGCUACCGCUGUGAGUGCCGGGAGGGCUUCAUCCUGGAGGACGACGGGAAGACGUGCACCAGGGGAGACAAAUACCCCAACGACACCGGGCACGAGGAGAAGUCCGAGAAUGCCGUGAAGGCCGGGACGUGCUGUGCCACCUGUAAGGAGUUCCACCAGAUGAAGCAGACGGUGCUGCAGCUGAAGCAGAAGAUUGCCCUGCUCCCCAACAAUGCUGCUGAGCUCGGCAAGUAUGUCACUGGGGAUAAGGUACUGGCCUCAAACACCUACCUUCCAGGACCUCCUGGCCUACCUGGGGGCCAGGGCCCACCUGGCUCACCAGGACCCAAAGGGAGCCCGGGCUUUCCAGGUAGGCCUGGCCCUCCCGGGCAGCCUGGCCCCCGGGGCUCCAUGGGACCCAUGGGACCGUCUCCGGAUCUGUCCCACAUUAAGCAAGGCCGGAGGGGCCCUGUGGGUCCGCCAGGGGCACCAGGAAGAGAUGGCUCAAAGGGAGAGAGAGGAGCACCUGGGCCCAGAGGGUCUCCGGGCCCCCCGGGGUCAUUCGACUUCCUGCUGCUUAUGCUGGCUGACAUCCGCAACGACAUCGCUGAGCUGCAGGAACAGGUGUUCGGGCACCGGACUCACUCUUCGGCAGAGGAGUUCCCUUCGCCUCAGGAAUUCUCCAGCUACCCAGAGACCAUGGACUUUGGCUCUGGAGAUGACUAUCCAAGAGGAACCGAGGCAAGAGACUUGGGGGGUCCCAGAGACUUGUACCCAUAGCACAUAGUUACAUCUUCAGCGGCAAAAGAGCCCCUUGUCCUGCAGUUCAAGCAUCUAAAGAAAAAGCCACUGGAGGCCUACAGGAUACAUUUUGUUGUCUUUCCUCUCAUUCCUUCUUUCCCACUAGGCCUCUUCCAAAUACUGUUUUCCAAGUCUCAGUGAGCCCUGCUGGAGUUAGAUAGCACAUGGCAAAUGAACACACUUCCUGUGGAGGGACAUUGGAUGGUGUAGAUCAUGCUUCUUCCAUGAUCUGUUGGACUUCUGUUAAUUACUCUCACGAUAUCGUAAAAUUAGGCGGAAUACCAAAAGGGGGAGAGGGGAUUGGGAUUGGCCAAGUGAGCUCUUAAAACAUGUGUGGCUACUUCUAAAAACAAGUGUGUUCAAAGUAGACUAGACCAUUCCAUUUAAAAGGGGAUGGAGGAGGAUCUUUCUUGACAAGCUAAUCAAUUUUAAAGUAUUCCAUCUCAUUAUCCAAGUGUGUCACUCAUAUUUUGUUACAGAAAGGAGAAAAUUUAGGAGUGGAGAUUAGGGGAAAUGGAGAAGAAUUAUAGUCAUACAUUUUUACUGUCAUAUAACUUGCCAUAUUUUGAACUCUACAUAGGACAAUUAGAGGGUCAUAUCAACUAUUUAUAAGUGUCCUACGUGGAAAAGAUAGUUCCUCUGGCUGUAUAAAAAAAAUCUUCUUUUAAAAAAAAUCUUCUUUUACAACGAGUAGAUGGGAAUAAAAUCCAUUUUGUUCCUUG